AAUUCACUUGGAUCUUGUACGUCGCCAAGCACCAAUGAUUACUAGUGCAGUAGAUUACAGUGGUCUACACACCAUACCGCUCACCAUAAACGUAUCCGCACCCGCCACCGGACUCUCCUCGUAUACAAUCUGUGGCAGCAACAACAUCAGAGUUGCGUCACAUCUCCAACUGCUUGAUCUAUCCAAUGGUACUGGAGUACAACUUGAUAUAGUUGGCAAUCUAUCACUGGUUGAUGUUCUGCGUCCGGGUUAUGAUUCAGGUAACCUCACUAUUGAUUUGUGUCUGACGGACAAUGGCUUCAACAAGACAUCUAUGUACAACAAUUCACUGUACACAUCGCUACAUACGGCUUCCGCUCGGCAUACUAUCACUCUGCCGUUGUCGCAAGUCAUUAUCUGCAACGCCCCAGUGAUUGGUAACGGAACACGAGACAAGGGGAUUGUCAAAUUUGGAGGUGCUGUUCAAUAUUCGUGUAAUGCUGGCUUCCGUCUACAAGGUGAUGGAUCACCAAACUGUACAGCUGGUGGGAAUCUGACAUCAAUGCCUACAUGUUUUUCUAUUGCCUGCAAUGCUACUAUGAUUGCUAACGGAACACGUGACAAAGGGAUUGUCCAAUUUGGAGGUGCUGUUAAAUACUCAUGUAAUACUGGCUUUCGUUUACAAGGUGAUGGAUCACCAAACUGUACAGCUGACGGAAACCUGACAUCACUACCUCGAUGUAUUCCCAUUACCUGUAAGGCACCAGUGAUAGUUAACGGAACACGUGACAAGGGGAUUGUCAAACUUGGAGGUGCUGUUCAAUACUCGUGUGAUACUGGCUUCAAUUUACAAGGAGAUCGGUCACCAAACUGUACAGCUGAUGGAAAGCUGACGUCAAUACCUGCAUGUAUUCCCAUCACCUGCAAGGCCCCAGUGAUUGCUAAUGGAACACGUGACAAGGGAAUUGUCACAUUUGGAGGUGCUGUUCAAUACUCGUGUAAUGCUGGCUUCCGUUUACAAGGUGAUGAAUCACCGAACUGUACAGCUAAUGGAAACCUGACAUCAAUACCUGGAUGUAGUUUCAUUUCCUGCAACGCCCCAGUGAUUGGUAACGGAACACGCGACCAGGGGAUUGUCAAAUUUGGAGGUGCUGUUCAAUAUUCGUGUAAUGCUGGCUUCCGUCUACAAGGUGAUGGAUCACCAAACUGUACAGCUGGUGGGAAUCUGACAUCAAUGCCUACAUGUUUUUCUAUUACCUGCAAUGCUACUAUGAUUGCUAACGGAACACGUGAUAAAGGGAUUGUCCAAUUUGGAGGUGCUGUUAAAUACUCAUGUAAUACUGGCUUUCGUUUACAAGGUGAUGGAUCACCAAACUGUACAGCUGACGGGAACCUGACAUCAAUACCUGGAUGUAUUCCCAUUACCUGUAAGGCACCAGUGAUAGUUAACGGAACACGUGACAAGGGGAUUGUCAAACUUGGAGGCGCUGUUCAAUACUCGUGUGAUACUGGCUUCAAUUUACAAGGAGAUGGGUCACCAAACUGUACAGCUGAUGGAAAGCUGACGUCAAUACCUGGAUGUAUUCCCAUCACCUGCAAGGCCCCAGUGAUUGCUAAUGGAACACGUGACAAGGGAAUUGUCACAUUUGGAGGUGCUGUUCAAUACUCGUGUAAUGCUGGCUUCCGUUUACAAGGUGAUGGAUCACCGAACUGUACAGCUAAUGGAAACCUAACACCAAUACCUGGAUGUAGUUCUUUUAAUUGUUCAGACUCUCCUUGUCAUCCGACGCGCCAAAUAUGCGUAGAAAAUGAAGGAGGAGGUUUCAUCUGCAAUUGUUCCUCUGGAUAUGCAAAGAAUUACAGUACAGGUUUAUGCGAGGACAUCAAUGAAUGUGACACCGUUCAUAUCUGCAAUUCCAGCAGCAAAUAUUGUGUGAACCAGCCAGGACGCUACAAGUGUGAGUUCAAGAAUGUGUCCGGGAAGAAUGGUAACGUCUCCACCGAUGUUUGUGGUGCAGAGAUUACAUAUGGAGGUAGCAGAGGGAAUUUCUUCUGGCCAGAUACUUCCGCAAAUGAAACGAAGACACUAGUUUGUCCUGUGGGACUUGAUAAUAACACAAUGCGCUUCGCGACCCGCCAGUGUGUAUCGAAACCAAGAACUAUGACGCUGAACAUGGCAUCCUGGGGAGCAGCAGACAUCACGAAUUGUCCAACACCAAGCACGGCGAAGCUACAGGCAUUGUCUAAGAUUGAGUACAACAGCAGUGAACCCGAGUACCUUUUGAACAGCUCCCUCGCUAUUACCAUCAUCACAAACAAUACUAAAGUAACAAGUGAUGACAUCGAUUUUGCCUCUCUAGCUAUUUCAAAGAUCGUGGAAGCUCUCAGCUCAGAUGAACUAUUCAACCAAACAAUUGGAAGACAGAUUGCUCUUUCUACUUUCGACACCGUAAAUUUCAUUUUGGAUCUGAAAACGAAUGAAACAGUGGUUGCCACAUCACCUGCAAGGAGGAUUACAAAGGCAAUGGAAAGCAUCGUCACAUCCUUGACUGUUGAUCCGGAUGAAGUAUUCCAAGUACAGAAAUCAAAUAUUGGAAUUGCAAUCAGCUGCCCCAAAGAGAUUGAUACUGAACAAGCAUUUAGGUCGGAAACUGACAACGGAACCUUCUACGUUGGAGAUGUGAUUAUACCGGCCAACGACGACAACUUGACUGGAGUUGCUGUUGUGAUAGCUGGAAGUACACUCUCAACAGCAACGAACUUGUCAUCAUUCGGCAAUGAUUCCUUAUGCAACGUGGCAUCAACGCGCUACAUUCUCUACAAAACACAAACACUUUUCCGAGACACGAACCUAAGUAACGACACUUCCGUGGAUUCUCAAAUUAUCAGUGUGCAAGUCGGCAAAGAGCCUCUGGAUAACCUGAAAGACCCGAAUGUCAUAUCAUUUGAUAUACUCAGUGGAAAAUCAGCAGAUUCUAACGGUGAAGCCAAAUGCGUUUUCUGGGACUUUGACACAUAUGAUGGUAAAGGCGGUUGGAGUGACCAGGACUGCACUACUUCACGCAGUGGUGUAAUGGGACGCAGAAUAGUUUGCCGAUGCAACCACCUGACCAAUUUUGCUGUCCUAUUUACUCGGAAGGACUCCACUGAAGAAGCUCUUAAAUAUAUAUCAAUUAUUGGCAGUGGACUAUCAAUGAUUGGACUCCUCGGCACCAUGUUUCUCAUCCUUGGAAUUCAGAAACUGCGUCGAAAUUUUCACUAUCAGAUGAUAUUUGGACUGUGUACAACUCUACUGAUGUUCUUAGCCUUGUUCACAGUGAUCCUUUACUAUGAACAUUUAGAAAGGAGCGAUGACCUGUGCAGAGGAUUAGCAAUGGCUACACACUAUCUACUACUGUGCGCAUUCAUGUGGAUGUCAGUGGAUGCUACGAUACUGUACAAGAGCUUGGUUAUUGUCUUUCAUCAGCCAGGGCGUCGACAACGACUACUUCUGAUCAUAUCCGUGUUUGCAUUACCACUGAUAAUCACCGGGAUCUCCACAGGUAUCACGCAAAUGGAUAUGUAUGGAUAUAAAAAAGUGUGCUGGAUCAAAGCCGACAUGGCAUUCUACGGCAGCCUGGUAGCUCCUAUGAGUAUCUCUCUCCUGUACAACAUUGGUGUGCUCAUCACAGUUGUCCACACAAUGCGCGCUCGGAACAAGAACAUUCAGUCCACAAAAGCAGGCAGCGCAAAGUCAGUGUCUAUCCUAACCAUCACAGUUUCCCUGUCUGUUCUUCUUGGUCUCACAUGGAUUUUUGGUUUUCUUGUUUUGAUCCACGAUCAUAUUGCUUUCCAAUACAUAUUUACAAUCCUGAACUCACUAGAAGGCUUCGCUAUAUUUUUGCACAUCGUCAGAGGAGAGGAAGCGUGGAAAGUUAUUUCGGGUUUGUUUUCUUCCACCAAAAGAUCUACGGAAAAACGUGCGGCAAGGAGAGUCCAACAACCACUGGCUGCCUCCAGCAAUCUCGAUCAGAUGCAUAAGGAAUCCGCCAACCCUGGCACACAGAUAUCAACGCGGAGCGGCAGAUCGGGAGAAACCAAUGCGGUAGCCUCGCAGGAUCCAUCAGGAAAACGAAGAAGCACUGAUUUUUCCUCCGUUCCAACGAGCAGCGUCCCCUCGAUGGUAAAUGAUUCAAACUGGUUUCUACGUUCUCCAUCAACCGACAAAGAUCGCAAAUUAUUCCUUUCCGAUGACGCUCAACGUGCUACCGAAGAAUCGAUCCAAAUGAUACAUUUGGGAGAAAAACGAGACUGGCCGCAAUGGUUUGUUAUCCCCAACAACCCAGAAACAAGGGUAGAAGCUUGUGCAAACACAGAAGAGGAGGAGUGAGUCUCCGUCGUCACGGUCCAAAAUCAACAAAUCGACUAAUCUGUAUUCAACCUUCGCUCGCUUCACGCCAAUCACCACUGUGUAUUCCAAUGUAUUACAAGACGACCUUUUUUGUAGCCAUCAUACUGCUAGAUAGUUAAAACUCUUUGCUACGAAAGCGCGCACAGCACAUCCCAUAAUUAUUACACACGCAAGGCAUUUUUGCAUUCAUUGCUCAACCUUAUGAUUGAUCUCAAUGACUGAUCCUCCUCCAUAUCCUUUUUGUUUCCUUGCCUCUAGAUUCGUUUCCAACCGAUUCACCAAAUCAUGGUUUUCUACGGUUUCACAAGUUACAAUUCAUCUCAAUUCUUUUAUCUUUUUACUAGUUUUAGUUUCGCGCAUAUGCUAAUACUAUAUUUCGCCUUUAUAAUUCCCCACAUUCAUGUGCUUUCUUACUUUCACUACUCGUACUUAACCAUUUGUUACCCCACUAAAAGUACGACAAUUUACACACCUCCAAAAUAAAAUGCACUUUCACUUUUGUCUCUGCCAAACAUUGACCAAUUUUUGCAAACU